CCUCACCUCAAUCCAUCCCACCCGCGCACACGAAAGUACCUCUUUGGCAGCACUCUACACGAUCAACACCGUCAAGUUGGCGAAACUCAAGGAAAGCCCGAGCGGGAUGGAUCCCCCAUCGCCCUCCAAAUUCCCCAUGUCGCCCGGUAUGCCCAUCUUCGCCGUCAGCCCGGAACGCGCAGCCGGGACGAAGCCGCCAUAUGGCCCUCCAGCAGCGCAAUCGCCAUCCCUGCCGGACUUGCGCACGUCGCCGCUACGCAAACACCGACGGAAUGACUCGGAUAUCUCGGUCCAGGGCCUCGCGGCCAUGUUUGAGAACCUUGAGGUUAAGGACUUCAAGGAAGCUCAGGCCAAAUACGUGCAGGCUCUGCAGAGGCAGAAAACAAAACAUGCCAAUGAAGUCAGGCAGAUGGAGAAGGAACACGCGCUUGCCAUAGGCCGCCGCGAGGUGCGCAUUGAGGAGUUGGAUGAAGAGCUGCAGAGGCUCAAGGCAGCUAUGAAGGACGCCGUCUCCAAAGAAUCGUGGGAUGCGGCACGCCAAGAGCAGCGCGAGGCCAUUGCAAAAUGGGAGAACGCCAUGGCUGGUGUAGAAGAGCGUCGGAUAGCAGCAGCAAACAAGGCCUACAAGAUUGAUAAGCUCAAUGAUGCCUUGAAGACAAAAUGCCAGGAAUACAAAAAGGCGCAUCAAGAAGAGAAGGAGAAGAGGGAACACGCACAGCGCAUGCUCCCAACGUUCCAGGGCAAGAUCCAAGGUCUCCAGCGAACCAUCCAACGCACCGAGUCGGAUCUUAAAUAUCACAUGGCCGAGGCAGAGAAGUAUAAGUACCAAGUGUAUGGUUUGCAGGUUGACUUAGAGGCUGUUCGUGCUGAGCUAGGUGGCGAGGUUCAGACGCUGAAGGACAAGCUUCGACUGGUCGAAGGUGAGCGGGACGCGCUCAAGACGAGUCUCAAAGAAGAGGAGGUGCUACGUAUUGCCGCUGAAGGAGGAAUUGCCCUACCCGCUGCCACAAUUGAAGAGCACGACGAAUUCGGAUCGCCUGUCCGCUCGCCGCGCAAACAGCGCACUCCGGAGCGAGAUGAAGGCGACAAGGAGAACGUCGCGCCUAGAAAGGCUAUUGUAGAACUCAAGUUUGUACAGCAAGAGCUCACAGCAGAGAAGCGCCUGCGCCAGCGCGUUCAAGAGCAGGUUGAGUUCAUGAAGAUGGAGUGCCAGUUCCGAUGCUGCUCCUGCCGCAUUGCCGACAUGAAGGGGUUGGAAUACGUACACGACAAUAGCUACACGGCAGAAAUGGACCGUAUCAAGGCUUCGGUUCCAACGCCCCCUUCGAGCAAUCAUGGCGACGAUCCGAUGGAGGGAGUAGUCAUCAAACAGGAGUCUGUUGACGAAGAACACCCGUUUACUCCACCUGCAGAGGAGCCUCAGGCAGGGCAGAAUCCCGAAACGAGCGAACAGACUCUUGACACUACCGUUCUCGUGAAGCGUCCGCUUAGCAAUUCUCCGGAGCCAGAGAUAGCCUUCUCCCCUACCACAGGUACCUUCCGCUCCGUGGCAUCUCCCGUCAAGGCUCAGGUUCCUGCACACGCUGCUACUCCCGCAAAGCCCUCUCAUCUCGGGCUCUCUGCCAUCACCGAGCUCACAACGGAAUCGUCGCCGUGGACUCCAGAUGCCAGCAGCACGAUCAUUCCAAGAGAGACCGCAUCCCCGCCGCCAUUUCGAACUGCAUCUCGUCUUCAAUCCCGCGCCGAGGUGGUCAGCGGUAAUCAGGCCGAAGUCAAGUCAGCUGGCAUUUCCAUCCACGAAGACGUGGUACUCGACAGCGAUGAAGAGAACUCUGAGCCUCAGACCCCGCUUCAUGGCUCCUCUGGUCCAACCACGCCAGGACAAUACCUCAUGCGCACGAUUACGACUACAACGACUAUUCCGCUGCACUUCUCUCCUGUAACGCCAGCUACCAAGCCCGGAAACCAGCCUCUUACACCUUCGACCGUCGCACACGCUCCAUCAGAUGCCCGGACACCUGUCCUGGGCGAGCUGUCCCUGAAUAAGCUUCCGAUUGACAGAGAAGCCGCGCUGGAGGCUAUUCGUCAGCGACGAGGAAGAGCUCGGAGUAUGGCCGCGGGCCAUGGGACGCCGAGGAAGGGGAUGAUGGAGGGAGUCAAGGAGCGAAGAGACAUCAGCGCGCCAGUCUCGAGGGUACGGCGAUGACAAUUGAAGGAGUGAGAGGCUCCGUCGUAUCUUCUGAUGUGAUCGCGCGAAAACUCUUCUCUCGAUGUGUAGGAUUGUAUAGGGCCACCUUCCGGUUCGGGCUUCAAGGCUGUGUAGCGGCAUUACCAGGAGUUAGGGGGAGUAUUUCUCUGGCUUCUUUCUUCUUUCUGACCGACGGUCAUGGUUCUGCAUUGAAUUAUCAAGGUUGUCUAUUCGGCUUUGUCCUGGUUUGGCUGGAUACCACAGGGUGACGGUCAUGGAAUUCGUCGGUGUAGGCUAGUGUAAUAAGAGUUUUUUUAUUC